GAUUUGAAAGGCUGGAAGGCAGCAAAGCGGUUACCGCUCAUUCCGCCAACUUGAUCGUGUUAAAUAUGAGGAGAUGCUUCCGAACGUUGUAGAUUAAUAGCAAGUAAAAUGUUUAUGCCAAGAGCCCUUAAAGUGAAGAGACGAGCAGAAGACGCACUCUUAAUUUUGAAGAAGAGGAAAGGUCAGGUUGAUCAGGAUCACGAGAAUGAUGAAGGCAGUUCGAUUAUGAAUGUUAGCCAAGAGCUCAAAUAUGGCAAAGUUGAAGAUAACACAGUAAAAGCAUGUGAAGACCCAGUUGCUGUGGUUAAGACCCCAUCACAAGAAGAUGGGCAGAAGUGUUCUUCAAGUGGUACUGAAGAAGAGGAGGAACCAGUGAAAUCAUUCAAAAAGAAUCAGAGAUGGGCAGAGCCAGGAGAACCUAUCUGUGUGAUGUGUGGUCGCUAUGGAGAGUACAUCUGUGACACCACUGACAGUGAUGUUUGCAGCAUGGAAUGCAAAGCCCGUCACUUGGCCCAAAUGGGCUUGGGGACUGGGGCGGAAAUGUUUAAUGAGAAGGACACAAAUGGAGAAAAAGAAAGUCCUCAGGAUCAACCUAUUGCAGUGUCUAUAAAUACAUUUGAAUCAAAUUAUUCCUAUAAAGAGGAUUUGUUCAUAUCAGGGCUCACUGAUGAGCAGGUGCAGCAUAUUAAACAAGAACUGGGCAUUGAAACCCAGGGGAGAGAUGUAAGGAGGCCCAUCAUAGAAUUUGAACACUGUGGCUUUCCUGCUACUCUCAAUGCCAACUUGAAGUCAGCCAGCUAUGAGAUGCCCACACCAGUGCAAAUGCAGAUGCUGCCUGUUGGUCUCACCGGCAGGGAUGUGAUCACAAGUGCUGACACUGGCUCAGGAAAGACUGUAGCCUUUCUCCUGCCAGUUGUCCUGAGGGCAGUAAAGGAACAAACUCGGAGUGUGGGCAGCCCUGUGGCCCUCAUCCUGACCCCCACCAGAGAACUGGCCAUUCAGAUAGAGAGACAGGCCAAAGAGGUGGUGACUGGCCUCCCUAAUAUGAGAACUGCCCUACUGGUGGGCGGCAUGCCUCUCCCGCCUCAACUCCACCGCCUCAAGCGCAGCAUUAAAAUUGUCAUAGCAACACCAGGGCGACUUCUUGAGAUUUUAAAGCAGAAAGCUGUGCAGAUGGGAAAUGUGAAGAUUGUUGUGGUUGAUGAGGUUGACACUAUGCUAAAGAUGGGCUUCCAGCAGCAGGUACUAGAAGUUCUAGAGCAUGUCCCUGAAGAUCACCAGACCCUCAUGGCAUCAGCCACUAUCCCGACAGGGACUGAGGAGCUGGCAGCCCGAUUGGUGCGAGACCCAAUUCGUAUUGCUGUAGGAGAGAAGAACCAGCCAUGUACCAAUGUCAGACAGAUCCUGCUGUGGGUUGAGGAACCCUCGAAAAAGAAGAAGCUGUUUGAAAUUCUCAAUGACAAUAAAUUGUAUCAGCCUCCAGUGGUGGUGUUUGUCGACUGUAAACUCGGUGCUGAUCUGCUAUGUGAUGCGGUCGCCAAGGUGACAGGCCUCAAAACAGUGGCAAUCCACUCCGACAAGAGCCAGUUGGAACGGAACCACAUCCUAAAGGGGCUGCUGGGUGGUGACUUUGAGGUGGUGAUCAGUACAGGUGUACUUGGCAGAGGAUUGGAUUUGGCUAAUGUCAGAGUGGUGGUUAACUUUGAUAUGCCAAACACUAUGGAUGAAUAUGUCCAUCAGGUAGGAAGAGCGGGUCGUCUGGGUCACAGGGGAACUGCCAUCACUUUUCUCAACAACAACAACAGACGUUUGUUUCUGGGGGUGGUGAAAAGGGUCAAACCAACAGGAACCAUCCUACCUCCCCAGCUCCUCAACUCACCUCACCUCCAUGAGCAGCAGCGGAGAGAAAAACAACAAGCCAAGUUGGGGCCUGGUGACAUCCUGGUGAACAAAAAUAACCUCAUCGAAAUUAUCAAGAAACAUGACAGACGUAAAAAAUAGUCAUGCAAAUAAUGUCCCCUAUCAGCUGAGUAAAUGUUCAUUUAAAUAUUUGCAUAGUUGUUGGAUUGACUUUUGUAUUCAGCUCUUCUAUUGAUCUCAUUAGGUUAUCGUGAGGCGGCACGGUGGACGACUGGUUAGCAAAUCUGCCUCACAGUUCUGAGGAAUCGGGUACAAAUCUGGGCUCGCCUGUGUGGAUGUCAGUGCGAAUGGUUAUUUGUUUCUAUGUGCAACUAGUUCAGGGUGUGCCCCGCCUCUCAUCCGAAGUCAGCUGGGAUAGACUCCAACGUGCCCGUGACCCUAGUGAGGAUAAGCGGUAUGAAAAAUGGAUGGAUGGAGGUUAUUAUGAAGCGUGUGGUGGGAAGAAGUGCCGAGUGAACCAGUGCUGUUUUUCUUUCAUUCUAUUUUUAUAUUUAUUAUAGAGCAGUGAUUUACGUGCAGAAUUAAUGUACAGUACAAUAAACUUUCCUCAUAAUCCUCA